GUGAGUCUUUCGUGCAGACCGGACGCGGCGUUGGACGCCCUCCAGGUCUCAUCCUGACGCCUUUUUCUUUUUUAAUGUUGUGUCUCGACGUGUGCAUGUGUGAUCAUUGUAAGAGUGUGGCUUUGUGUUCCUGUGAUUGCGUGGCUACCGAUCGUGUAUGAAUCGCUAGUCGCCGAGACUUUUGUGUCUGUGAAUUUUGAAGUACACCAGCACGGUUUUUUCGAAGCGAAAUCUCGUUAAGAGCGAAAUCCAUCGAAUAAUCGAUUGCCAUAGUGUUGUUAUUUAUACAGUACUAUUUUUACGUCUAUUGUCUUUUACGUCAUGGAAACGACCGAGAUGACGUCGCCGAUGAUUGCUGUCUCUGUCACGGUGGCCGACAACCCGCCAGACGAAGAAUUAAUGAAGGGCCAGCCUAAAGAUCAAGGAGAUCAACAAGCUUUUUCGUCAUCUCCGCCGGCUGCCGCUAGUCCGACUCGCCAGAACGAUGACGAUGGCAUCCACCUGGCACCGGAAGGAUCUAAAUCAACACCAGUAGGAGCUGGAGGACUUCAAGUCGCUUCGGAAAGGAGGCUAUCCUUCGUCCAGCCGGAAGGUCGCGCCCGUUCGCGUAGCGUCGGCGAGAAACAGUGGACUCGUGUUCGUGCUGUCAUGGCCUGGUACACCCGACUGCGCAGGAUCAAAAAAAGCAUUCCCGGGAUCGGCUCUAACGCCGAUGGUGCCGUUCUGGCACCCGACACGGUGCCUGUCCCUUCGGCCUCACAUGAUCCGUCUUCGAUUGGUGAGGGCAGGUCGAGGAGCGCUCAACGAUGGAUGAAGUUACGGACGACAGUCCAAUUGACUAGUGCCAUUUCGAACACGGUUGCCCAGUCGAAGAAGACGUCGCUCAAACGUGAGGAUUCGUUCAUCGCGCGAUUCUCCACUCGACAAAUCCCGGAAGCUCAGGAGACAUUCGACGCGACGGAUGAAGGUGGGAGUAGCUCCGGUGGCAACGGUGGGAGCGGAACGUGCGGAGGAGGUUUACCUCCAUUGGGCGACAACAACAAAACAGCUGGUGGAGCCGGCCAUUCUGUGGCCGAGAAAGUGAAGCGCCGCCGUCGUCAUCAAAAACCGCCUCGUUCUGUUCUUAAUCCGGAUGAAAAUGGCUUAUUCUAUUGGCUGGCCUUUUUAGCUCUUUGGGUCCUCUAUAAUUUAUGGACGGUAGUUGUCCGACUGGCUUUCCCCGAACUACAUCAGGAUGGAAACUUGUUCGCCUGGAACGUGUGUGAUGCUCUUGGAGACGCCGCCUACGCCCUCGAUAUCGCCGUCCAGUUCCGCACUGGCUACCUGGAGCAAGGCAUCAUGGUCCACGAUAGCCAAAAGCUUGCCGCCCACUACGUUCGCUCAAAGGCCUUUCUGAUUGACAUAUUCAGCUUGUUGCCUAUUGAUUGGAUGUUGCUCACAGAUCAGGUUGCAAAUCCUGUUCUGGCCAGGUGGCGGCCAGCUGGACGCUUCUUACGUUUGGCCAAACUCUACCGUGUCUUUGCCUUUUACUACGUAGUGGAAUCGAGAAUUGUGUAUCCCAACGCAUGGCGAGUGGUCAAUUUGGUGCACAUCCUGCUGAUGUUGGCCCACUGGUUUGGCUGUUUCUACUUUCUACUGUCCGAGUCGGAAGGUUUUCAGUCCGAUUGGUCCUAUCCGUAUCCGGAAGGUGAUUUCGCCACAUUGACCCGCAAAUAUCUUGGCUCUCUCUACUGGUCCACGCUGACGCUCACCACUAUCGGCGAUCUGCCCACUCCGGAGACCAAUGCAGACCGGCCGAGGAAACCUCAUCGGCCUCAACGGUCGGCUUCCAUGUCUUCGGUGGCACCUCAUUCGCCAGCUGCCCCAGGAUGGGUCGGCCAAUGUUCAAACACAUCACGAUGGAGUGUCGCUUCCGGCAGCGUGUCCAGCCAAGGAUACAGUCCCGUUGACCACGGCGAUGGAUUGCAAGCGUUACCAAGACGCGGCCUCAAGUCCCGCAUCCUCCAUCAUUCCACCAAUCAAGGGUACAUUUUUACCAUCGCCAGUUACUUGAUCGGUGUCUUCAUUUUCGCCACCAUCGUCGGUCAGGUGGGCAACGUCAUCACUAAUCGCAAUGCCAGCCGAUUGGAAUUCGAAAGACUUUUGGAUACAGCCAAGUUAUACAUGAGGCAUCAUAAAGUCCCUCGUAGUAUGCAACGACGAGUCCAGCGCUGGUACGACUACUCUUGGAGCCGGGGGCGAAUCCAAGGUGGAGGAGAUACGAGUUCUGCAUUGCGUAUCUUACCGGACAAGUUGAAAACCGAAUUGGCACUUCACGUCAACUUGGCUACACUGAAGAAGGUGAGUAUAUUCAAAGAAUGCCAACCGGAAUUCUUGCAUGAUCUUGUGCUGAAAAUGCGAGCCUCUAUUUUCACGCCGGGUGACAUGAUCUGCAGACGGGGUGAAGUAGCCCGUGAAAUGUUCAUCAUCGCCGAUGGAAUUCUUGAAGUCAUCAGUGAGACGGGCAAGGUAUUGACCACCAUGCAGGCCGGUGAUUUCUUUGGAGAGAUUGGGAUUCUCAAUUUAGACGGCCUGAACAAACGAACGGCUGACGUCCGAUCCGUCGGCUAUGCCGAACUCUUCAGUUUGUCGAGGGAGGAUGUCCUGUCGGCCAUGAAAGAUUAUCCGGAAGCCGAAGAAAUUCUGUUGAGUUUGGGCCGAAAGCGGUUAAUGGAAGCGCGCAAAAUGGCCAGCCAACAUCGCGCCCAAAUGGCGCGUAAAGGUCUUCUGGCUUUGGAACGAGCGGCCCAGCUAAGAGCUCAACAGCAGGAGGCAGUGGCGGAUACAGUGACGUCCAACGCGGCUGAAGGAUCGACCCAAUCCGCGGCGGCAAAAUUCACUGAACGGAUUCGCAGUGACGUCUUUGGAUUGAAAAAGGCCAUCAGUAAAAGCUUCAAAGAAUCGAGAAGGCCGAAGAGCGAUAGCCCCACUAUUGAGAUGGGCACUUACGGCGGCUUGGGUUCCACAUUGGGCGGAUUGUCUAAAGCCAGUUCGGUACCGCUAGGAAAUUCGACGUUAAUGUCGAUGUCUCCUUCCGGUUCCAAGUCUCACCUACUACGGCGGAUGCCACGCGUCGCUAGCGACGAAGCCCAAGCUACACACAACAGCUCGAACGAAGACUGCCGUUUGACCCAGCCUUUGCUUCAGAAGCCGGAAUCGCCCAAGAUGGAAGUCAUUGGUGCCGGUUUGCCUCUUUUCCAACGACUGAAGCUACUCCGCCAAAGAGAACUCGAAAGAGAAAAACAACAACAACAAGAGCAAGAGGCUUUAAUGGCCAAAACGGAAGAAGCGGAAACAGUUCGCUCUUUGCAACAAGUUUCAGUCGCUCUGGAAGCGACGACGGAUGGCGUUAGUGGCAAAUCUACUCCGCCACCUGCUUCAACUCCUCCAUCGCAAACGCGGGACGAUAAACAAGCACGGCACAUCAGUUUCCUCGACGAAACGUUGCCUGAGAAGAAACGCGAUUAUGUUCCAGUUGAUCCACCGAAAGCUCGAGGAAAAUCUGCUCGCUGGACGCUGCCCGGCAUGGUGAGCAAAACGAGCGAAGCCGCAAAAUUGGGCAAGACGAGAUUGUCUCGUUUGAACACCAUAAAACAAGCAUCGUCGUCGUCUUCGGCCAUCGAUUCCCUCGAACAAGCCGAACCACCGCCGCCCAUACCACCUCCACUUCCGCCCACUCCGCCAUUCUGGCAAUCCAGCAAGCCAUGUCCAUCACCCCCUCCUCGACCGCAGGCUCCUCCUCGGCCGCCAGCUCCUCAUUUUCCAGGUCUGGGUAUGCGCCGCAAAAAGCCACCGAGGAGGGCGCAGACGAUGCGGCCGGAAGAUUCUUCGUGUUCCGUUCCAGAAACGGAUGUACCGUAUCAGUCUGCUCAGCCGUUCCGUUCGAUGAUGAAACAGCCGUGGCAUUGGAGCAGCGAUUUGGUCCAGCAGUCAGCAACGCCGCCAUUAUCGUCCAAGUCGAGACCAACAGGUCCCGCUGGCGGCCCACAUGCUGGUAGGCGAUUUUCACGCCAAAACACAAUUCAAGUUGUCUCGGAUGUUCAGGGAGUCUUGAGUGAUAUCCUUCGCGAUAUCGUGCCCAAUUCAAAAACGUCCAACCGUCCCGCCUCAACCAAACCAUUGAAGGCCAACCCAUCGGUUCAGUCACCCGCAUCUGUGGAUUACGGAGCCACGAGACAACCGACAACCAACUGGGAAUCGGUUAGGCACGAGACGAUUGUUGGUGAUCGACCGCCGCAACGGCCGCACCGGUUAAAUCUGCGUCAGUGUAAGAACCGCAGCUCGCGGGACUAUAAUUCCAUCGACGAUUUGUCGCCGGAAUACACCGUUUUGCCGUUCGUUAAACGGCUGAAAAUCCUCAACGAGCGGCAAAAAAUUGUUGAACUCCAGAAAGCGCUGACGACGACGGCAACGUCGAUGGCCAGCGGAACUAGCGGAGACAGAGGAUCGACGACGAUUGCACCAACUCAAAAUUCAUCGGCAAGUUCGAGUCAAAUUCCGGCCACAGAGGGCGACAAGGCAGCGCUAGUGGCUGCCGAGUGCAACGAGACACCCGAACGGGUUUGUUUGAAAAAGAUGCUCAAAUCAGCGUCUCGCAAAGAGAUGCUCCUGCCGCAGGACAAGAGCCAUCGGAUGAAAUUGUUGCGUUCGCAAACGGUCGAAGGCUACGCAAUCCGUCAUUCGAAUUUCACCAAACUGAACCAUCAACGCGUCAAAAACAACCAUAAGAUCGCUCAAACUAUGCCGUCGCCUCCGCCGCUGCCGUUGUAUCAACAAGUCGAUCCGGUUUUGACGGAUCCUACUGUCAGGCCGCCAACACCUUUACCUGCUGAUCGGGAUCUUGCUGAAUUCAACUCAGCAGCAGUUGAACAGAAGCAGCUGUCGUUUUUCAAAAGCAGUGGACAAGAUGGCGUCAAAGAGGAAUGCGUAGCCGAAUUGCUGACGGCUAUCAAAACUGUCUUGCAAGACCGCCUGGACGAAAUUCAGGCCCGCUUCCAAGCUCAAAUUCUUCGCUUGCAAAGUGAAGUGGAGAAGAAGGACCAACUUAUUUGCCAACUAGAAAUUCAAUUGGAAUCGCUCGGCGUCCAACCGGUUAUACCUGUUCACCAGGUCAGCUCCGAAACGCAUUCGGAGCGAGAAGAGCAGACGAGUUCCAUCGAGAGUGACGAAGAGGAUGACGACGACAGUAGAACUUUGCGCUAUUUUGCGAGAUCCGUUUCGAAAGGUUCAUUUAUUCACCUGGCACCGGCAAGUCCGGCAACCUCGCAACUGCCGUCGCCCGAUAGUCAUCCGAAGAGUCCGUGCCUAUCGGUGGAUGACAUGCUCGACUCGGCGGCUGAAGAACUUCCUUCGACAGCCGUUCUCAAUCCGGAGCCCCUGUGGCAGCUGGAAUUCGGUUCGUGCUGGCAGCGGAUGCAAUCUUCGACGACACCCGUAACCAGCAAUCCAAGGGACAUUAUCCUAGAUAUUGAGGAGAGCAGUUUGAGCAGCGUGAGUAGUAGCAGCAGCGGCACCGAAACCGGCUCUUCAGCCAGACGGAAAAAAAUGAGAGCAACGAUGAGUUUGGAUGUUGGCGGUUCCAGACGACAGACAGCCACAACGGCUGGAGUGUUGAAAACGAUAUCGGCACGGAGCGAGUCCCGCUCUCCGUCGGCUCCGUAUAAUCCAAACUGGGAGAUCUUGAUGUUAGCCGAAUCGCUGGACAAGGACGAAGAAAAUAACGAGGAUUUUGAUGGCCAAUCUCCGCCAAUGCGGCUGCGUCCGGAAGAACUUCCCGCGGCUUUCCCUGCGGUUGUUCGCCGACGCCGAUCCUUGCGAUCGUCAGCAUCGGUCGAUCCGCAAACGAUAGGCAGUGCCAAAUCGAAAAAGAUGAUAGAAAAAUGGUACUGGAGUUAUCCGCCUCCUAAUCAGGACGAGCCGGCCGACUUUCCCGCAAAGUCCGACGGUGGGAAAUGACGUCAGAAAACUGAGAACAGCAGUGCGCAUAGGCGAAAACAGUCAUUUGUAUUGUUUGUUUUGUUUUGUUUUUGUUUUUGUUUUUUUUUAAAUAUACAUUUGAUGACUUUGUUCCACAUCCCUCCCUUUUUGGAAUUCCACAUCAAGAUCUUCUCACCCUUUUUUUUUUCGAUUAUGCAGUACAUAGUAUUGUGUCGUGAUCUCAUUUAACUCGUUUUAAAAUCAAAUGGCUUUUUUUGGAACAAAAAAAUAUUCCGUCGUCUGCCCAAAACGAUUUGAACGCGUGUUGCGGUCCUGAAAGUCGUUCCCAACAAGUUACAAGUAUAAAUAGUUUUUUAAAAA